CGGAGCCUGCAACAAACCCACGGUUAUUCCCGGUUUCCCUGCAGCCGCCCAGGCCUUGCCAGGCAGGGAGGGGCAAGAGCCGGCUCUUGCCGGGCUCCGGGAGCGCCGUGAGUAACCGCGGGGGGGGCGGCGAGCGGCGGCGGGCACCCCGGGAGGGGACGCAGCCGUGGCCUUUCUCCGCCGCCCUUCCCAUUCUCGCCGAAAACACGCCGUGACCCAGAAGUUUUGCCGGGCACCCUUCCCGAUUUUUAAGAUCGGCGGGCGGGAUGCGGCGGGGAUGGGCUGCUGCGGUGUGAAAGGGGGGUGCACCGGCUGCAGCCCGGCCAAGGGCGGGACGGAGCCUGGCCUGAGCCCGGGGGUAUGAGAAAUGACCGAUUUCACCCAAUUACGCCGUCACGGGCCAGAAGAGCCGAAAGGGGCGGGCGGCGGCAGCUAUCGAUCCUGCUAACGAGCCCGGCCGGCAGGGACCCGGCCCAGGGAGCGGGUCCGCCCCGGGAAGGUUAAGGUGCCUGCUGAAUUAGGCAUUAAAAAUAAAUAAAUAAAUAAAAUACAUAACAAAAAAAGGGUGCAGCGGCAGUGCGCGGAGGCUGCUCGGAGGAGGGGCAGGAGCUUUGGGCUGGGGGUGGCGCACCCCCGGGCAUCUCUCCCUGCUCCCCCCCCAAUCCCGGAGGAACCACACUCGUGCGCCCGCGGUGGUGCCCGCCCCCCCAAAAAAGAGGAGCCCCUGGCGCGGGGGGGCACACCCCGCAUGCGGGGUUCUGGCGCUCGCUGCGGUUGGGGUGACGGCUCUGCGCCCUGCCCGACGCCCCUUCCCCUUUACCUGCCGCCGCCCCGCGCGUCCCGCCGUCGCCCCGGCGGAGGGUGUCGGCCCGUCCGCAACGGGGGCAGCGGGGCGUGGGGCCUGUGGGUGGCGGUGAAGGAGGCGUGUGACAGAUGUCCUCCUCUGACAGCUCUCAGUAUCAGCCCAGUGGCUCCCUGCCAUUGGCUCAGUGCAGCCGACCGGCAAGGCUGCUCGCUAUAAUAACACUAUGCCCGCCAGAGGCGGCAGUUCAGACGGCUCCGCCGCGGCCGUGCCGCCGCUCCUCCCCCGGCAGCCAGCGCCGCGCCGCGCCUGAGGGGCUGCACCCCCCGCGCCGACCCUCAGCCGGCCGGCGGCACCUCACAUGCCGCGGGGACCCGCCGGCCCCGGCCCUCCCCGCCGAGCCCAGGCCGGCUGAGCGCCCCGCCGCUGGCCGGGGGGCGGCCCCGGCCCCAUGGAGUGCUACUACAUUGUCAUCAGCUCCGCGCACCUCAGCAACGGGCACUUUCGCAACAUCAAGGGAGUUUUCCGAGGCCCCCUCAGCAAGAACGGGAACAAAACUCUGGAUUAUGCUGAAAAGAAAAACACGAUAGCAAAAGCUCUGGAAGAUCUUAAAGCCAACUUCUACUGUGAACUCUGUGACAAGCAGUACUAUAAACACCAGGAGUUUGACAAUCACAUUAACUCUUACGAUCAUGCUCACAAACAGAGACUAAAGGAACUGAAACAGAGGGAGUUUGCUCGAAACGUAGCAUCUAAGUCACGAAAAGAUGAAAGGAAACAAGAAAAAGCCCUUCAACGUUUGCACAAGCUAGCUGAGCUAAGGAAAGAGACGACGUGCCUUCAUCUCACCAGAGGAACUAACAGUGCUCCUGGAAGCGGCCCUAUGUUCAAAUCCACUACAGUGACUGUGAGAGAUCAUUGCAAUGAUAUCCCACAAAGUGCUGCCAUAGAUUCUGACAACAAACAAGAUUUCAGCUGUGCAUUAAUGCACGAUGCACAGAAUUGUAAAGACGUUGCUUCUGUUAUUUCUUCCACUCCUGGAAAUGCAUGUAGUAAUAAAUCCAAGGCUAACAAAUGUGGAGAUCAGGUACAAGGAGCUCAAGGACAUAGAGUUGGGUUUUCUUUUGCUUUUCCUAAGAAAGCAGCAAUCAAACUGGAGUCUUCAGCUGCUGUUUUCUAUGAAUAUAAUGAUGAAACAUCUGUGGAGCACGGACUUAGCAGAAGAAGUAGGUUUGUUCCAGGAGCGUGUAACCUUCAGUCGCCUUCAGCGGCAGAAAUAGUCCUGUGCCCUGAGGAGAAACAUAACUGCUUUCACCCACUGGUGGAAAAAUGCAUAGACACAGCAGAAGCUCCUGAAGCUCAGGAGUCAAAAGAGCUGGUCAGUGAAGAAAGCAGGGUGCUAGAGUCUCCCGCAUUAACUCCUGCUGUGUCCCAUUCAAAGCAGCUGGUGUCCUCGGACAUGGAUGUCUAUGGUAUUAAUGUAAGUGCAGCAGACUUACCGGACCAAAUGCUGCCCACGGUGGCAGACAGUGCUCAGGUCCUGCCCCUGGGCUGCAGCAGUUACGAGCUGCAGGCAAACAGGGCUCUUGCACAGGCGGUUGUGGAGGAUUGUUUAUCUCUGCAGGAUGGUGCAGGGGAAAAUGAUAAAGACAGGAACAGUGACUCAUCCACAGUUGAAACUGAAAUAAAAAGGCUGGUGGCAGAUGCAUUAGUUCCAUCACCAUCUGAAGAAGGUGGUAGUGGAGCCUCGCAAAGCAAACCAGACAUGCGGAAGAGACCUUGUGAACCCUUUGUUCCUGUUCUUAGCAAACAUGGAUCAAAUAUUCUUCAGUGGCCAUCGGAAAUGUUAAUUUACACAAGUACAGACCCAUCAAUUUCUUACAGCUGUAAUCCUUUAUAUUUUGAUUUCAAGUCAUCAAGAGCAAGUGACAGCCAAGAAAAGCCCAAGCAUCAGCCAAACUUACCUCUUUUGCACCAUAAAACUGAAUCCAACCAUAGCUUAGUCUCGGAUUUUAUAAAUAAACCUACUUCAGAUUGUAGUUGUUACAAAACAGAAAUGAAUAAAAAUGUGUGCAACUAUACAGUACCCCUUGUAAGUGAUGUGUCCCUUAUCAGAAAUUGUGAUCUUGCAAAAAAUCAAAAUAAAGUGUCCUUGGAUGAGCCGUUCAGGAUUCGAAAAAUUGAGAAGCUUCACAUUUCUAAAAGUCACUUGCGACAAAACACUGUGAUAGAUGAGAAAUAUAACAAAGCGUGGAUCAAAGAAAGCCGUGACAAAUGGCUUCGCAGAAGUAGAAAACGGAAAAGGAGAAGAAAAUUAUGUCAUUAUCAUCAUCACUGUGGGGACGCUACAGCAGCAGAAAUUGAAAUGUCCUCAGUGACUGAAAAAGAAAUUAGUUACAGAGAUGAAAAUAAAUAUCAGCACCUCCAAAAUAAUCCAGAGAAGUGCAGACAUGAUGCAGGGAAUAUCUGGCUAGCUACAGGUGAGAUACAGCAGUCACAUCAAAAACUUGGCAUUGAAAAUGGUCCUGAGAGAGUCAUGUCUGCAUCAGAUCAUGUACAUGGGGACAGAGGCUGGUGUGGCAUUUGGAGUGCAAAAAGUAGCAGCCAACACCAUGGUUGUAAACGACUGCACAGAAAGAGCAAAACACACUCUCAGAGACAGGCAAAGAAGCUGGCAUCGAGUUCCAGGAGGCACAAUUUAAGGUGUUCUAAAACAUGUUGUACCUGGAAAGUCAGGAGGUCAAGCUGCAGCCCAGAGCGUAAAUGCUUAGGACACUGCAGUGAGGAGAAGAGUCCAAGUCAAAACCAGUCCAUAAAGAGAGGUUACAACGUUCUGACAGAGGAACCUGAAAAAUCCCACCGCAAGCGGAGACAGUAUAACUAUUCCUCUUCAUCAGAGGAAAGCUCAUACAGACAGAAAUUAUCAGCAGAGGGAUAUCUAAGGCAAGCAUGUACUUUAGGUACACAUCACAAGGCAAAAGGGAAACGCAGGAGAAGGAAAACUAGAACCCAUCACGUGUUUUGUGACAGGAACACAAGAAGUGAGACCUCCAGACCUUCCAAAGAAAAUUCUGCAAAUUCCACAUUAAAUAUUCUGGGGGACUUCUUGACUCAAGACAGUCUAGACGAAGCUACUGUAGAUCCCAAAGCUGAUCAUGCAAAAGAUACGGAUGAGACAAUGCAGCUGGAGGAAAGUAAGUUAUCUGUAGAAACUGAUAGUUCACACAUGCCAGAAAACAACAAACUGACAGCGUCCUCAGCGAUGGAUGAUGGUCCGGGUAUAUUUUCUGAUGUCGUCGCAGGUUCUGCUGCUUCUCUUCCUGAGCACAGUGCUCCAGCAGCUGCUGGCACACAGGGUGCUCUGCAAGAUGAAAAGAAAAAAGAAAAUGUCAACAGUCAUGAAAAUCAAGCUCGUUACAAAGUUCUCCUCCCCAACAAACAUUUGGAACAAGUUCCUUCUAAAUCCUAUCUUUGCCAUUAUGAACUGGCCGAAUCUCUACCACAUGAGAAAAUGAAUGAGGUGACACAUGAAUGGGUACAGUGUAGUCCUGCCAUAUUUAGCAGCCCACCAGCCUUGCCAUUCAAAGAAGCACAUGUAAACAGUCAUACCUUUUUAACUACCGAGCAGUUAAUAGCCCCCUUCACCGUGCCCAAUCAGACAUUGAUAUUCCCUCCGGAUAACCACGAAAAAUUCAAAGAUCUCCCAUCUGAGGCGUAUCAGCAGAUCAUGCCACAAAACAUGCUGGCCAGCAAAGGGAAGUUCACCUUCCCUCCCCCAGCGAUCCAGCCCCCGAACUCCCCGCUACAGCCCUUACCCUUGCAGCCACCGCUGUGUUCUACCUCUGUAACCACCAUCCAUCACACCAUCCUACAGCAGCACGCUGCCGCCAGUACGUUGAAGGUUCUCCAGCCCCACCAGCAGUUCCUUUCACAGGUCCCAGCUCUUUCCAGAGCGCCUUUACCUCAUCUACCAGUAGGACCCAGGCUUUGCCCAGGAGGCCACGCAGCUUUCGUCGCCCCGCCACAUUUGCCGCUGCUGCCACCCUCCGUCCUGCACCCGGCCCAGCUGGCGUUUCCCCCACUGCCGCACACCAUCUUCCCAUCCCUGCUGUCUCCGCACCCGGCUGUCAUUCCCCUGCAGCCACUCUUUUAGGACAGGUUCUCCGGGAUGGGGGAAGGAGCCUUCAGCUAAAUGGUCCUGCUGUUUCUGCAGUCCCCUCGGCUUUGCGAAAUGGUUCUGUGGAAUAAACUGGUUAAAAUUCCUUGUUUCUCGGGAAGCAUUUACUGUAAGUAUAAUGAUGCAAACAUUCAUGUAAAGUUCAGACCUAUACUAUGACUAAAGCACUGAAUAGUCUUAUACUAAUAUGAACUCUCUCUAUAUAUAUGUGAAAAUCAUGUCUUAGAAUAUGUAUAAUGUAUAUAAAUUAUAUUUAUAGUUCUAUAACUUAUGUUGUAAAGCAUUCACUUUUUGUUUUUUAUCUUUGUGUAUUUGCACCUAUUAAAUGUUUAGACAAAGCUGAUGCACUAUGUUUUGUACGAUGUCCUCUGAAACUGUAAAUCUAGUGACAAACUAUCUCUUGCAAUAAAUUUUUGUUAACUACUUAAGUAUAUCAAAAAUCUUUCAUUGUAAGCCUCAUGGAUGUUGUUCUUCCAUGUUCUUCUGCAGUUGAAUGGCAUCCUCUACCCCUGCUCUGUUGGGACAAUCAGGUUUCCUAUACAUCAGUGAUUUAUCAGGGAGGCUGAGAGGCUAACACCUUGAGGGCAGCUGUCUUACCAAGCAAGAGAGAAAGGGUAAUGGAUCUGUUUGUGUUAGCGGUUUGAUGCCACCAUGACAAAUUUUGCCUACUUGUAGUAUGUGCACAAACUGCUGACUGUUGGAGCUAAUCCCUGUUACACUAAACCACGGAAAGAUGAUGUAACAAAAAUAACAUCAACGAUAGAGGGAGGAAAAAAAGGAAAAUAUCAGUUGAAACUUGACUUCAAGGGAAUAUUGCUUAUGGCAAAAAGGUAGAGCAUGGGGAAGGUCUUGGUUCCACCAAGCCUACUUUCUCCGAUUGCACACAUCCCUCCAUGGGGGACAGAUCUGUUGGAGUAAAGGUCCUCGCUGCCUGUGCAAUAUGUCAAGAUAGCAAGACCAUGUGAGCAUGAAGGGGAGGUCAGGAACAGCUUCACAUGAGAAACCCACCAGGCUUCGAUGCAAAUUUUUACCUCACUUCACCCCCCUCUUUCCCGCAGCAUUUUGGUAAAGAAAUAGAAUGACAUAGAAUAGAAAUUAAUAAUAGUACUAAUAUACUGCCAUUAUUUCUAACUGUAUUUCAGAGAAUUCUCCCUACCUCUGCAACCUUGUUAUUGCUGUCGAGCCUCACCCGGCUUUAGCCCGGGAAAUCUUCCCAUUUGCUGUAGUGUGAGAGAAAUCAGGCCUGCACCUGCGAUGGUCCAGAAUAAAACCAGAAGAGGUUCUGACACAGAGCCAUCUCUCUCAGUUAAGAUGAAGUGUUAUCGUGUGAGUGAAACUAAGGAUCAGCAGCAUGAGCACUAGUACUAGAAGUAGGCCCUCUAUAAUUAAAGAUAGGUGCUAGCUCUCCAAUUAAUUAACUUCUUUGCACCUUUUUAUAUAGUGUAAUAGAAGCAUAUACAGUUGAACUGAAAGAGUAGUAAUUUUGGAAUAUUAUUAAUAUACAUUGCAUAUAGUUAAAGGCAUCCAUUUGAAAAGUAAUACUAUGUCCUAAACUAGAUAUAUCUGGGUAUUUUCUGCAUCUGUAGUGUUAGAACUUACCUAUAUCAAUACUGUUUUAUUAUAAUAUUAUAUUAAAACUAUAGCAAACAGCACCUUGCUACGAUGAUUACAGUGUCAGCUACUCAAGGGAUGUGAGUUUUCCAUGUCAUGCAGUUACAAAGGGCUAAACUACGUUAAUAAGCAAAAAGUUGAUAAGAAGGAGCAGGUGAGCAGUCAGGUUCUGGAGAGCGGCUCGUUCCCCUGCCUGAGGCUGUGGCACGGAAUGAGCAGGAUGUUGCAGAGCAUUUGUCCCUGUAAUGCCAUAAAGAAGGUAUAUUUUCUCUAGUUGUAAUUUCAGGUGGAUGGCUGUUACUAUUUACGCGAUACCUGAAAAAUAUAGCAUAUAAGUGACUUUAUACUCCUCCUUUAUUUCGUGAGUAUGCCUACAUAAUCUGUAUGUCUCCACUACCUCCUGUAAAAUGUAUGUCUCCGCUAUCACCCGGCACCUCCAGGUGCCAAGCAGGCUCUACGCAUGGGAAUCUCUAUUUGGAGGUGGGAGGUGGGUGCUAGCUGCUUCGUCUCCCGUCUCAGCUGACUUGCGCUGGCUUUUGUAUUUCCACCCUACUCUGCGAUAGUUGGCACAGAUGGUCCCCUGGGUUCUGAUACCUUAUCAAAGGCAAAAUCCCUCUAAUUAUCUAACAGUACAGGUGAAAAAAAGAAACCACGUAGGACAAUUAUGAUUGCAUGUGAUCAUAUCCAUACAAUUUUAUCUGACAGGAGAUUAAAAAUUACCAAUCUCAGAUUUUCAGUUGCAACACUGAUUGAAAAGUCCCAUCUAUUAACUUAGAAGUCCACGUAUUUUCAACAAAAUGUCCAAACAGCUUUGAACGUUGCUUUUUUCUUACAAUUUAAAUUAAUUUUUUUCUAUUUUAAGUUGUUAAGCAAUUUUAAGACAUUGCACAAUUUUAUUUAUUAACUACUGUAAUUGCUUUUCAAUAGUGUAUAAACUUACAGUAUUUACUUACAGUAAAAGACUAAUAACCAUCAAAUGUAUUAAUUUUCUAAUAUGGUAUUGCCGUUAGUGCUAGAACUGUUUGUGUAUGUGACUUCAUAUGUAAAAGCAAAACCAAUAUAAAAAUAAAUCAA